GCUGUUCAGCAGCACACAACAAAGACAGAGACAGACAUCAGAACCAGCUUUCAAACUGAAGCAGAAACAGCAGACACAAAGAUGAAGAUGCCACUGCUUCUCAUCCUCCUGUUGACCAUUUUGGUGCACGCAGCAGCUGCUUUCCCCUCAGACAUAAGAGCUCUGCCUGGCCGGGACAAACACGCCUCCUGGGACGACGUGAACGUGGUGGCUCACGGCCUCCUGCAGCUGGGCCAGGGUCUGAAGGAGCACGUGGACAAGACCAAAGCCCAGAUGAGAGACGUCUACGCCAAACUGAAGGCCUUCAACGGCACGGUGGCCGAACUGGAGAGGAAGCAACAGGAGCAAGAUGAAGCUCUGAAGGCAAGAAGCAGAGAGGUGGAGGAGGAGAGAGAGAGGAUGGCAGCAGAGCUGGCCAAGGAGGUGAUGGUGAAGGUGGAGGAGGUGAAGACUCAGAGCGAGGACAUCCACACCAGGAUGGACAGACUGGAAGAGACGGUGGAUGAGGUGUUUAAAGGGCCGGCACUCGACAGCAAGAACAGUGAUCAGACAGGAGUCUCAUUUAUCCAGAGAUUGGUAGCGGCUCAGAACCGACGCAUUGACCAGCUGGUAGAGAAAAUUAAGCAGCAACAAGACAAACUGGAGAAGCAGAGUCUGCACCUGCAAACACUGCAGAGCAAGGUUGCACAAAAGAGAGUGAAAUCACACCGACGGAGAGAUGAAGAGACGGCACUGAGGGGAGAGCCAGCAGAGCAGAGCAGAGACGCAUCAGGUUUGGCCAGAGACUGUCAAGCUCUGUUUGAACGAGGGCAGCGAGCCAGCGGCGUCUACACGAUCCAACCAGAGAGCUCCCAGCCCUUCAAUGUCCUCUGUGAAAUGACUUCAGAAGGUGGAUGGACCGUCAUCCAGAAACGUCACGAUGGAUCCCAGAACUUUGACCAGCUGUGGGAAAGCUACAAGAAAGGCUUCGGCAAUCUGAAUGGAGAGUUUUGGUUGGGCCUGGAGAACAUCCACUCCCUCUCCAGACAAGGCCAGUACAUCCUGCAGGUUGAGCUCUCUGAUUGGGCGGAAGAGCAGAAGCAGGAGGCUCGUUAUCGACUUCAACUUGAUGGAGAAGAGAAGAAGUUCGCCCUUCACCUGGAGCAGGAGUCUUCGUCUGGGGUUAUAAUGACAACCGGAGAAUCUGGUCUUCCUUUUUCCACGGCCGACAGCGACAAUGACCUCGCUGCAGACGUCAACUGUGCUGAACUACACUCAGGUGGUUGGUGGUUCAGUAGUUGUGGCGAAUCAAACCUCAACGGCAGAUAUCCCAGAAGGCCGAGCGUGCUCAGACGACAGAAGUCCAAAAGACAAAGGAUGUUCUGGACGUCCACAAAGGGACAAAACAACUCGGUGAAGACCACUCUUCUGAAGAUGGCGCCUGCCACAAUAAAGCAAUAAGCAGAUCAGUCUGUCUCAAACAGCCGAGGACCAAACAUGACCGUAUUUAACACUGAUUAAUGAUCUUUCCCAUCAUGCACUGGAUCAUCACAUAUUUCUAUGCUAUGCCAUACGAUCACUUGUCAUAUUGACAGUUGUUUAUUCCCUUUAUAAGGGCUUCUUAAUCUUGUCAUACCUACUGUGUGUGUUUUAAAUACUUCUCCUUUAAUAAUAUAUAGUGUAUUAUUUUCAACAUGUAUACACUUUAAACAUUUUAUAUUUCAUUUAUAUGAAGUGGAUGAAAAUAAAGUUUUUAAAAAGUUUAAUAAAUCCGGGCUCCGUGUUCAUGAUUGUAGGUGAAAUGGCACGCAAACGACACAAUGACGACCCAGACGCAUCAGAUUCUUCUCAGUAAAAU